AAUAUUACACGCUAUUUGAUAUUUAUUCACCAUUUUGUAUGAGUCGAACAUUUUCUUAGUGUUUAAUUACCUUGGUACUACUGGUUAUUAUCUGUUGUCUCCAAAAACAGUCCCUCAAUUCAACACGAUUUCCUUUGGAAACUCUACUAGCUGAUAUUGAAAUUCUUUGCUCUUGAAGAGCUGAAGAUGAUCCGGUCACUAGUUGUGGUGUUUUCACUGUUUUUGACAUGCUCAACUUACAGCGUGGGGUGUAUAGAUGAUUUUGAUCUCGACGCCAAAGAUCGCCAGGGCUACGACUACCGUAUACCACAUUCUAACGAGGCUGGCUACUGGAGCGAAGACGUAAUAAAAAUAAAUAACAAAGACGAAAUAACUAAAGUGUUUUGGAAUAGGAACUUUUACAUUUUUGGAAAAUUUAUCGGCGAAUCAAAUGGAGAGGAUACCACUAUUUCAGCGGGACUGUAUCGUGGCAAAGAGCUUAUUUACAAAACCGUGAUCAACUGUGAUAGUGGAACUUGGAGAAACUGGGUUCUCGACAGAAAAACGAAGCAGAAGCGAGUUCUUCUUCAUGGUAACAUACAAAAAAACCUUACCUCCUGCAAAGCUGGUGAAGAUUUCGACUUGAUCCUCAAGAAUGAUAAUCGCCGUUUAGCUAAUUGGAUAUUCAACGCACAACCGCUGCAGCACGACGUUGAAUUUUUUUCAAAGAAAACGAUUAAGGUUUUAUUUAACCAAGCCGUCCACGAUAGAUAUGAUACGGGGCCGGAUAAAUAUGAGGGACGCAAGAUAGACCUCGGAGCACAAGUUACAGAGAAAUCAAAGCGUCCGGCAGUCAAAGUGGAUUCAAAAUACUCUACUUUCGCUGCAACACGAUUUGAAUUCACGGCAACUGGCAGAGCGGUCUUUAGUCGUUUGGCCUUCGGGCAAUGUAAUGCAUGGCCAAAAAACAUGGAGAUGCAAUGCCAAAAAGUUCGAACAUGGAUACAGCACAGAAGCAAAGCGAACUUUACUGCUGUUACUUUGGCAGGAACAAAAAAAAUUAAUCCGGAAAAUGGAAACUUCUCUAGGGGACUUGGAGUUUUUGGCAACAACAAGCACACUUUCUUACCAGACUGUCUUACUGAUAAAUACUUUAAUUUCUUUCAACCACAAAUCCAUGGCAACAAGUUCCUUCCAUUGAAAUCAGUUAGAAAGACGUAUAUAUUAACAGACAAUAACGGCCAGAACGUAUAUCGAUAUGCUGAAUCAAAAAACCAAGAGCGUGCAUUCUGCUGCUGUACAAACAUGAAGACAGGGAGGGUACUCGAUGACGAUGAAAGAAAGAACUGCAUAUCGUUAACUGAUUGUUUAGCCAAUGAUUGGACUUGUAGACAAGCAUUCGAUCCCGAAAUUGGGAUGGAAAUUGAGGAACAAUUGCAAAAGGACAAACAAGAAAAACAAGAAGCAUACAUGCGAGGACUGCAAAAUGGAAAUGGCAUUAUCGUGAAGGGUCUUGCUGGGGUAAAAGCUAAAAGGAUAAAGAAGUUGGGCUGGAAUUAGGGAUAUACCGGACAAUAAGCUCCUCUUUGGAUAGGACAAUUUCUAAUUUCUAAUUUCUAAUUUUCUUCUACAAUGAAACUGUGAUUAGAAUUAUAAACGUAGCACUUUGAUUUAAAAUAAGUUGGGAGAGGAUUUUUUUGUCAUGUUUCAAUAUUUAUGAUAGUUUAAUCAAGCGUACAAUUAGAUUUUA